AAACCAAACCAGUAGAAUCACAGAAAUCCCAAAUCAAAUUGUAACGGUUUUCGCGAGAUGUUCGGGAUUUUCAGACGAGGCAACGCCUCCGAAGCCUCGCCGGAAUCUUCCUCCUCCCUGUCUUCUUCGUCGUCGCAAUCACCUUCGCCUUCGCCGACGCAGCCGUCACGGUCGGUGACCGGGCCCGCGAGGCCGAUUCGCCUCGUCUACGCCGACGAGAAUGGGAGGUUCCGGAUGGAUCCGGAAGCCGUCGCGGUGCUGCAGCUCGUUAAGGAGCCGAUUGGUGUCGUCUCCGUCUGCGGUCGCGCUCGCCAGGGCAAGAGCUAUAUUCUCAACCAGAUCCUUGGAAGGAGUAGUGGAUUUCAAGUAGCAUCAACUCAUCGUCCAUGUACUAAAGGACUAUGGAUGUGGAGUGCACCCUUAAAGAGAACUGCCCUUGACGGAACUGAAUACAAUCUCUUAUUGUUGGAUACUGAAGGAAUAGAUGCUUAUGAUCAGACAGGAAAGUACAGCACACAAAUAUUUUCCUUGGCUGUUCUCUUAUCCAGCAUGUUCAUUUACAAUCAGAUGGGUGGUAUAGAUGAAGCUUCACUUGAUCGUCUCGCUCUUGUCACUCAAAUGACCAAACAUAUUCGGGUUAAAGCCUCUGGGGGAAAAACCACAGCUUCUGAACUUGGGCAGUUCUCCCCAAUUUUUGUCUGGCUUCUAAGGGACUUCUAUCUUGAAUUAGUAGAAGAUGGUAGAAAGAUAACACCACGUGAGUAUCUAGAGAUUGCGUUGAGGCCUUUUCAAGGAAAAAGAGAUGUAGCUGCCCAAAAUGAGAUACGGGACUCCAUCAGAGCUCUCUUUCCAGAUAGAGAGUGCUUCACUCUUUUACGGCCUGUGGACAAGGAAGAUGAGCUGCAGAGACUUGAUAAAAUUGAUUUGAAGAAGUUAAGGCCUGAGUUUAGGGCAGGGUUGGAUGCUUUAACAAGGUUUGUUUUCGAACGAACAAGGCCCAAGCAAGUUGGGGCUACUAUGAUGACAGGGCCGGUUCUAGUUGGUAUCCUCCAGUCCUAUCUUGAUGCUCUUAAUAAUGGUGCAGUGCCUACCAUUUCCUCUUCAUGGCAGAGUGUUGAAGAAGCAGAGUGCCGAAGAGCAUUUGAUUCGGCUGUUGAUGCCUAUAGGUCUGCUUUUGACCGUUCAAAGUUGCCUGAAGAAGCUGCACUGAGGGAAGCUCAUGAAGAGGCUGUCCAAAAAUCACUGGCUGCUUUUAACGAUUGUGCUGUAGGGGUCGGUCCAACUAGGAAAAAAUACGAAGGGAAUCUCCACAGACAGCUCAAAAAGGAAUUUGAGGAUUAUAAGAAGAAGGCGUAUAUGGAGGCAGAGUUGCAAUGUCUAAAUGCUAUACAAAGUAUGGAAGGGAGGCUGAGAAGAGCUUGCCAUGCUAGUGAUGCUAAUAUUGAUAAUGUUUUGAAGGUUCUUGGUGACCUUAUAUCUGAGUAUGAGAAGGCAAGUCGGGGUCCGCUAAAAUGGCAGCAACUGGCUUCCUUUUUAAAAAAGAGUCUGGAAGGUCCAGUCCUUGAUCUCAUCAGGAUGCAAAUUCACAAAGUUGAAUCAGAAAAUGGCUCCUUGAGGUUGAGAUGCCGUGCCAUGGAAGGUGAGCUAGGUUUACUGAAAAAGGAGGUAGAGGCAAGCAAGCAGUCUAAGACAGAGUAUCUCAAACGCUACGAGGACGCUCUCAAUGACCAAAACAAGCUCCGUGAAGAAUACAUGGUUCGAAUCAACAACUUGCAAGGAAAUAGUACUUCUCUGCAAGAUAAAUGUGCUAGCUUGCGAAAGAGUUUGGAUUCUGCAAAAGCAGAAGCAGUUGAAUGGCAAAGAAAAUACGAGCACCUUCUCUCCAAGCAGAAGGCGGAGGAAUCUCAAGCUGGUUCUGAAAUUGCGGUUCUCAAGUCCCGAUGUAGUGCUGGUGAAGCAAGGCUGGCUGCUGCGAAGGAACAAGCUCAGUCUGCCCAAGAGGAGGCUGAGGACUGGAAACGCAAGUAUGAUAUUGCUUUUCGAGAGGCAAAAGCUGCUCUGGAGAAGGCAGCAAUUGUCCAAGAACGUUCCAGUAAGGAAACACAGAGGAGAGAAGAUGCUUUAAGGGAAGAAUUCUCAAGUAGUUUGGCUGAGAAGGAGGACGAGAUAAAGGAAAAAACAGCAAAGAUCGAAUAUGCUGAGCAGUGCUUAACGACUCUAAAGAUGGAACUAAAGGCUGCCAGGUCCAAAAUGGAUAGUUAUGAUGCUGAAAUAUCAUCAGGGAAGCUUGAAAUCAAGGAGUUGAGUAAAAAAUUAGAAGCUGCAAAUGAAAAGGCCAAUUCAUUUGAAAGAGAAAAGAAGAUUCUGGAACAGGAGAAGAUCCAUCUGAAGCAGACAUAUGAAUCUGAGAUCAAAAGAUUGGAUGAAGUCCAAGAAAGGUGUAAAGUUGCUGAAAAGGAGGCCACAAGAGCAACUGAUAUUGCCGAUAGAGCACGAGCUCAAGCAGAUAUAGCUCAAAAGGAAAAGGGUGAGAUGCAGAGGCUGGCAAUAGAAAGGUUGGCUCAAAUUGAGAGGGCUGAGAGGCAUAUUGAGAGUCUACAAAGGGAGAAAAGAGACUUGGAGGUUGAGUUGGAUGGAAUCCGUGCAUCCGAGAGGGGAGCUCAUCAUAAAAUUUCUCUACUGGAGGCAAGAGUUGAAGAAAGGGAGAAAGAAAUAGAAUCAUUAUUGGAGUCGAACAAUGAGCAGAGAACUAGUACAGUUCAAGUCCUUCAAGGUCUUCUGGACAGUGAACGUGCAGCACAUGCAGAUGCAAAUAAUAGGGCGGAAGCCCUAUCUCACCAGCUACAAUCUGCACAAGCAAAGCUCGAUAAACUCCAGCAAGAAUUGACUACUGUUCGCCUGAAUGAAACAGCGCUGGAUAGUAAGCUUAGGACUGCUUCACAUGGGAAACGUUCAAGGGUAGACGAUUAUGACAUGGAUGUGGACUCUGUUCAAGACGGGGAAUUGAGUGACCGGAUUUUAAGAGUAAAUAAGAGGUCUAGAAGUACUACUAGCCCUCUGAAGCAUGCACAAACAGAAGACGGUGGUUCAGUAUUCAGGGGAGAUGAUGAUAGCCGCAGUCAGCAAACCAAUUCAGAAGACUACACAAAGUUCACAGUCCAGAAACUGAAGCAAGAGCUAACAAAGCAUAAUUUUGGUGCUGAGCUGCUUCAGCUAAGGAACCCCAACAAAAAGGAGAUCCUCGCACUAUAUGAGAAGUGCAUUGUUCAGAAGUCGUGAAUGGUAGAGCUGAUGUACAAAAAGUUACUAUGAUAACUCCUUAGGUCGGACUCAGUCUGGACGAUUGCGGGAU